UCUGUUCAUUUCCAAAAUUUACCGAAAAAAAAAAUGUUAGGGUUUACAUCUCUUACCAGUUCACUAUUUCCAAAACUUGUCCCAAUUCUUCACCAUAACAAUUAUAAUCCGCUUCUCAAACUCAAAACCCAGAAAGUCCCUUCAAGAUUCAUCCUUUCUGCGCAAAAUCCCAAGAAAAACAACUUAAAAACCAGCGAGAAAGACAAAAAGCAGGGCGAUCAACAGCAGCCAAAUGGGUCUAUUAAUGGCGAUGAUUCGAAGGAAGAUCGACGGAGCCUGUUUAAUUUAAAGUGGGGAGAGAUUUUUGACCCGGACCCGGAUAACAUAUUCGCCGUCGGAUUGACGGGAGUGUUGACAUGGGCAAGUGUACAAGUGUUGUGGCAAUUAUUGGUAAUAUCGUCAGCUAUUCUUGUUGCAGCUUUGAAAUAUUCUUUCAUUGCAGCUCUUCUCAUCGUCAUUCUCAUUACUCUUCUCUGAUUUAAACAAUUCCUGCAAUGUAUGUUUCUAUUAUCUUCAUUGUAUUAUUCAAGUUCAAGUAAAAUUAAAUUCGUGGCUUCCAAGAUAUCAAGAUUGUAAAUAUGUAUGGAAGAAUGUACUUUUGAGGGCCUUAUUACACGAAUGAUAUGUAGUGCAGUGCUGCCUAAGUCUUAAUCAUUA